UCGGCGCUGGCUGCCGGGGCCGCCGGGACCGGGCUGCUUCGCGGGCGCGCUUGGCCGGCGACGCGGCAGGUUCUGGACGGCCAUCUGUCCGUCGGUCCACAGAGAAUUACCAGUUCCGCGGCCCCGGGAUGGGGCGGGCCCUGCUGCCGCUCCUGCCGUGGCUCUUCCUCCCCGCUCUGUGGAGGGGAGCUGUCGCUGAGGUGAGCGAAGAAACCAAGCUCAACCCGCUGUUCCCCGUGUCUUUCCCGAGAAGCCUGCAGACUGACCACACACCAUUUUCCUUUCCUCACACCGGUGGGUUCCAGCCCACCUCCAUGUUUCCACCCAUCCAGCCUGGAAGACCACACACCGGAAAUGCAGCCUUUCCUGGAGUGACCUCUGCCAGGUCCACCUCCCUACCGCCUCUUGCAUUUAAUCACACGGUUGGCCACAUAGUACUUUCUGAACACAAAGAUGUCAAGUUUAAUUGCUCGAUCAACAUACCUAAUAUAUACCAGGACAGUGCAGCUAUUUCUUGGUGGAAAGAUGGGAAGGAAUUGCUGGGAGCCCAUCAUGCAAUUACUCAGUUUUAUCCAGAUGAUGAAGUCACAGCAAUCAUCGCUUCCUUCAGCAUCACCAGUGUGCAGCGUUCAGACAAUGGGUCGUAUAUCUGUAAGAUGAAAAUAAACAACGACGAGAUCGUGUCUGACCCCAUCUACGUCGAGGUGCAAGGACUUCCUCACUUUACGAGGCAGCCUGAGAGCAUGAACGUCACCAGAAACACAGCCUUCAACCUCACCUGUCAGGCCGUGGGCCCACCUGAGCCCGUCAACAUUUUCUGGGUUCAGAACAGCAGCCGUGUUAAUGAGCUUCCAGAAAAAUCCCCCUCCGUUCUGACUGUUCCUGGUCUGACUGAGACUGCCAUCUUCAGUUGUGAGGCCCACAAUGACAAAGGGCUGACCGUGUCCAAGGGCGUGCAGAUCAACAUCAAAGCAAUUCCCUCCCCGCCAACUGAAGUCAGGGUCCACAACAGUACCGCACACAGCAUCCUGAUCUCCUGGGUCCCCGGUUUUGAUGGAUAUUCCCCGUUCAGUGACUGCAGCAUUCAGGUCGAGGAAGUUGAGCCACUGAGUCAUGGCUCAGUCAUGAUUUUUAACACCUCUGCUUCACCACAUCUGUAUCAAAUCAAGCAGCUGCAGGCUCUGGCAAAUUACAGCAUCGGUGUGUCCUGCAUGAAUGAAGUCGGCUGGUCUGCAGUGAGCCCUUGGAUUCUGGCCAGCACGACCGAAAGAGCCCCGUCAGUAGCGCCUCUGAAUGUCACUAUGUUUCUGAAUGAGUCUAGCAACAAGUUGGAUGUCAAAUGGAUCAAGCCCCCAAUUAAGCGGCAGGAUGGGGAACUGGUGGGCUACCGGAUCUCUCACGUGUGGCAGAAUGCUGAGAUGUCUAAAGAGCUCUCAGAAGAAGUCGGCCAGAAUGACAGUCUUGCUCAGCUUUCUGUUCAAGUCCACAACGCCUCGUGCACCGUGAGGAUUGCAGCCAUCACCAAAGGGGGAGUCGGGCCCUUCAGCGACCCAGUGAAAAUAUUUGUCCCUGCACACGGUUGGGUAGAUUUUGCCCCCUCGUCAACCCCAGCACCUGGCAACAAAGAUCCUGUGCUCAUCAUCCUUGGCUGCUUUUGUGGAUUUGUUUUGAUUGGGUUGACUUUAUAUAUAUCUCUGGCCAUCAGGAAAAGAUUCCAGGAGACAAAGUUUGGGAGCGCCUUCACAGAGGAGGAUUCAGAAUUGGUUGUCAGUUACAUAGCAAAGAAGUCCUUCUGUCGGCGAGCCAUUGAACUCACCUUACAUAGCUUGGGAGUCAGUGAGGAACUGCAAAAUAAACUAGAGGAUGUCGUGAUUGACAGGAACCUUCUAAUUCUUGGAAAAAUUCUGGGUGAAGGAGAGUUUGGGUCUGUCAUGGAAGGAAAUCUUAAUCAGCAGGAUGGGACCUCUCAGAAAGUGGCCGUGAAAACCAUGAAGUUGGACAACUUUUCGCAGCGAGAGAUUGAGGAGUUUCUCAGCGAGGCUGCGUGCAUGAAAGACUUCAACCACCCAAACGUCAUCCGGCUCCUAGGUGUGUGUAUAGAAAUUAGCCCUCAAGGCAUCCCCAGGCCCAUGGUGAUUUUACCCUUCAUGAAAUACGGGGAUCUGCACACCUAUUUACUCUAUUCGCGAUUGGAGACAGGACCAAAGCAUAUUCCUCUGCAGACACUGUUGAAGUUCAUGGUGGACAUUGCUCAGGGAAUGGAGUAUCUGAGCAACAGGAACUUUCUUCAUCGAGAUUUAGCUGCUCGAAACUGCAUGUUGCGAGAUGACAUGACUGUCUGCGUCGCGGACUUUGGCCUCUCUAAGAAGAUUUACAGCGGCGACUACUACCGCCAGGGCCGCAUCGCUAAGAUGCCUGUGAAAUGGAUCGCCAUAGAGAGUCUCGCGGACCGAGUAUACACCAGUAAAAGUGACGUGUGGGCAUUUGGAGUGACCAUGUGGGAAAUAGCCACACGAGGAAUGACCCCCUAUCCCGGAGUCCAGAACCACGAAAUAUAUGACUAUCUUCUCCACGGUCACAGGCUGAAACAGCCAGAGGGCUGCUUGGAUGAACUGUAUGAAGUCAUGCACUCUUGCUGGAGAGCUGAGCCCUUGGACCGCCCCACCUUUUCAAGGCUGAGGCUGCAGCUAGAAAAGCUCUUGGAAAGCCUGCCUGAGGUUCAGGACGAAGCCGACAUCAUUUACGUCAACACACAGUUUCCGGAGAGCCGCGAGGGCCCGGCCGAGGGCUCGGCACUUGCUCAGCUGGACGUGAACGUCCAUCCCGGCUUGGUCAUUGCUCCCUGCACACCCGGCGCCACCGUCAGCGUGGUCACCGCGGAAGUCCAUGACAACAGACCUCACGAGGGAAGGUACAUCCUGAACGGGGUCAGCGAGGGCUGGGAAGAACAGGCUCCCGCUGCCCCGGCGACAGGGACGGCGGAAAGGAACGGUGUUUUACUGGAGGACAGGCUGGUAAGGAAUGGGGUUCCCUGGUCCCAGUCCAGCACGCUGCCCGUGGGGACCCCAGUGUCGGGUGAACUCUUGUUUGACGACUCCUCAGAAGACUCAGAAGUCCUCAUGUGAGGAGAGCUGAGACACAUUCCCGAAUCCUGGAAAUUCCGCCUUACGAGAACCCACAUACACUCGAUGUUUUUGGUAUGUCUUCCUUACCAAGUCGAUGCCGCCCUGGCCCGAAAGCACCUCGUGAAUGGUGUCAAGUAAGUCAUCGUUUAGAACACAUAACAUAUAUUUAUUGACAGAGAAAAUAUCUAUAUGUAUAUGGUGGAAAGAGACAAAGAUAUUCUAUUUUAAUAAAAGGUGACUUAGGUCACUUUUCUGGACGAUCUUAACAUUUAAGCUCUAACAGCCCCAUCUCCACAGCAGUUCCUGGAUGUUCACAUUGGCACAAAGUUGUUUUUUUAAAGUUCUUUUCCUUUUCCGUGACUAUUAAAUAUUUGUAAAAUAAAAUGCCAUAUCUGCCUUUGCUUCUGCCCUUAAGAAAAAUCUGGUACUCCCACCUGAAUUAUCUCUUUGAUAAGAGUGAUUCAUUUCAUAUUUAAAGUUUUAUAACUGAUGAAUUCUCCGAUCUGGCUUCCUAAUAAAAUAUGAAUG